CUUACUCUUUUCCUUUGUUUUAAGGUCAUAAGUACUAAUACCAAAUGAAAGUAUAUACAUCGCAAUUGUUUUGAUGAUCUUUCAUUCCGGAAUCUAACCACCGACAAUGUGUCCUAUUUAUAUUUGCCGAUCAGCAAAUAUAUAUAUUAAGUCAUACAUAAACUUUUACCAUUUUUUUUCUAGUUUAAAUUUUUACAUAUUAAGGAAAUUAUCAAAAAUGUCUAAUGAUGCCGAAAUCAAAAAUUCUGAUUAUUAUAUUGAUUUAUUAGAAAAAUUAAUUACUGAAGAACGUAUCAUUUACUAUAAAUAUUCAGAUUUCAAAAACGUACAACAAAUAAAAGGAAACGUUUUUCGUGCCACUUGGAAAAGUGCGGAUACUUUUCUCGCCUUAAAAUCUUUUAAUAAUAAUAAAAAAGCAACUCAAAAAAUUGUCAAUGAGAUAAAUUUAUAUAAAAAAGUUGAUCUUCAUCCAAAUGUAUUAAAGUUCCAUGGGAUCACCAAGAUAGAAACCGAUGUAAUUCAUCAUAUAGACAAUUACUCUUUGGUUUUGGAAUACGCUGACAGUGGUACAUUAAAAACAUAUUUAAAUAAUCACUUUAGCGAACUUGAUUGGAACGAUAAAUUUCGGUUAGCACUUCAACUUGCAAGUGUCGUAGAAUGUCUACACGAAUUUGAUAUCAUUCAUUGUAAUCUGAAUGCAAACAAUAUACUUGUACAUCAGAAAAAUAUUAAACUAGCAGACUUUGGCUUAUCAAAAAAUAUCGAUAAAGAAUUCGAGGAAUCAAACGAUCCAUCAAAAUUGUUCGCUUAUGUAGAUCCAAAAUUUUUAAAUCAAGAACAAAAUUACGAAUUAAAUGAAAAAUCUGAUGUAUACAGUGUUGGAGUGCUUAUGUGGCAAAUUUCAAGUGGACAUCAACCAUUUAACAAUGAAUUAGCCGACUAUGAUUUGGCUCAUGAGAUCAUGGAUGGAAGAAGAGAAAAUGAUGUUAAGGGUACGCCUACUGAAUAUAUCAACUUAUAUCGAGGUAAACUAUAUAAAUUACAUUUAUUUUUUUUAGGUAACUUAUUUAAAUUAAUAAAUUCAUUUAUUCAAUAGAAUGCUGGAAAAAUGAGCACAAUGAACGCCCAGAUAUACAUAAAGUUGUUUCAACUCUUCGAGCAAUCAUUUCUCACGAACAAAAAGAUAAUAAUUUAUUAGAAACAUACAAUUCGGAUGCAAAUUCAAGUGAAGAAAUCAUAGAUACAAAUCACGAUCUAAUAUUAGAUGAUAUAUCAAGUAUGAAUUUAUCGUACGUUGAUGAUUCUAGGAGUAAUUCAAGUUUACAAGAUCAAAUUACCGUUAAAUCAAGUAUAAAUUGUCCUGAA